GAUACCGUUGCUAUGUGACGCUUGUUCCUCCAGGAAGACGCUAGUUCGCUAGCUCGCAGGACAACAUGGAAGACAGCUUUCAGCUAGGAGACAAUGGAGUUGUGAAAAGUGUUGCGAAGACAGGCCGCAGGGCCCGGCAAGCCGCAGAGCAAACCCCCCUCGAUGAGUCCCGUCCCCUCCGAAAGUCCUCCUCCACCUCUGCUGGAGAGGACGAGGAGGAUGUAGGUAGCGUGACUGAAACGGCGGGCCCUCCGAAGUCCGUCCGCAGGCAGGGCGGCUGGGCCGAGGACAGCUCUGGAGCCGGUUCUGCCAAAUCCUCCAGAAGACCAGCGUUGGAGGACCAGGAGGACCGACGCCUGCAGCCACAGACCCCCCACGGCUCGGACGACGAAGGAGACAUCCCUGUGAUCCCGGACCUGGAUGAAGUCCAGGAGGAGGACCUCACCAUGCAGGUGGCCGCUCCACCGAGCGUCCAAGUGAACCGGGUGAUGACCUACAGGGACCUGGACGAUGACCUCAGGCACUACUCUCCCUUCCAGACCUUGGACGGGGAGAUAGACCUGAAGCUGCUCACCAAGGUGCUGGCUCAGGAGCAAGAGGUGUGGGAGGAGGACGUGGGCUGGGACUGGCAUCAUCUGUUUACGGAGGUGUCCUCGGAGCUGCUGAGUGAAUGGGAUCAAGGAGAGAGUGAGGAGCAGGCGCCGCUGCCCGUGGUCAAGUGAGGAGGUGCAGCAGGAGCAGGGGGGGCCCUCGACCCCCUCUGAGGAGCAGGAGGCCCCGGGGCCCCUGACCGGAGGGGGGAGGGGAUAAGAGGUGCCGACUUUGGUUUCACACGUUAUGUUGUUGUUUUUUCCGAUCUGUAAUUUUUAUAUAUUGUAACAUAUCUAUAUUUAUACUGUUAUAUAAAUAAAGCUUAAAAAUAUGAGA